AUGUGGACGACACAACAACAUCAAUCUCCGACUUCACCUCUCACGAAUCAACAUCAUGAAUUUAUUAUUCCCACAAAUGAUAAUUUUGCUUCAAAUUUAAAUGAUGGUACAGCAAUGAUGAAUAAUGAUGGUGUUAUCGACACCACUGCGUAUCAUCACAACAUGAGAUCCAAUAGUAAUAACAAUAAUAAUACAAAUAGUAGACCAACACACCAUCAUUCUCUAUCAGGAGCAGCUAGACAUGUCUUUCUUCAUUCUCAUGACUAUUCGUUAUUUAGAAAAACGGAAAGACUUAUAUGGCAGUUAAAUCAUCUUCACGCAAAUGUGAAGCAACUCAUUCAAAAGAGCGAAAGUAGUGUGAAUACAUCCCAUGUACCUUCUCCUUCAUCCCCAUCUCUAAGUACCCGAAAUAUCCAAGUCAUUGCAUCAUCUGUAAAGCAUCAGAAGGAGCUGUCCAUUCGAAGGAACAGAUUUUUACGCAAUAACAUCCAUCUGUUGGAUAUUCAAUCAUCACAUUUUCAUCAUCAUUCUCAUCCUUCCUUUGACGAAUCAGUAGUUGGAUUUACAUCUAGUAUCAUUUCAUCAAUUAAUACACCUGAAUAUACCAACGAAAGGAUAAAUUCCAUCCAAAAUUCUCCUACAUCCAUGUCCGAAGAAUCUCUUAUCGGCCAAUAUCAUCAUGGAAUUGCUCAUCCAUUUACUGGAGAUUUGUCACUUCCAAGAAGUAUGAGCAUUGACCAAUUAAACCAAGCAACAAACAGUGGGAUAGUUAGAAGCAUCAGUAUUGAUCAAAUUCAUUACAAUGGUAGUAAUAAUCAAGGUGGAGUCGUAAUUUUACCCUCUCACAUUUAUGGUGACCAAAGUGGAAUGUUUUCUUCUUCACCUAAAGGGGUUCACACUCUACAUGAAUCAUUCAAUAGCAUUGAAAUUAGUUCAAUCGCAUCCAAUGACGAAUUAUUUGGCUCUGAGGAACAUAAUUCCUCAAUGGAGCUCCUACCAAGCACUCUAGUUCACACUAUUUAUUCCAAGUACGGACUCGUGCUAACAAUUGAUAUUAGUCCCUCAAUGCUUGCUAUGGAUCCAAAAACAGGAGAAGUACUGUUUGACAGAGUAUUUAUUUCCAUAUCCAACGUUAUUACACAUUUAAUUCAGCCAUUAACCAUACCUAAUUAUAACGGUGAGAUUAUUCCAGAGCUUCAUGUUACUUGUGUUGCAAUUGGUAUGGCAGGAAGACCAGUUUUUUCUCUAUUUCAAGAUUGCCACAUUACGACCUAUAACUUAAAUGAAAUGCUUGGAAAAAUUUAUCAGCAAUUAUGUGAUCUGGAGAAUUUAGCCUCUACCUCUCUAAAAAUUCCAAAACUAACGAUAAUUUGGCAAACAAUUUAA